AUGGCAAGUGGCGACCCUGUUUUAUGGGCUGCCCAGCGCCAGGCCAAGAUUGCGGCAGCCAGGGCACUCCGAGAGCAGCACAGAGAUGGCCUGACCGAGCAACACACCUUCCAUCCCAAGUGUUUACCUCGGCGCCCGCCUUCUGGCUCUGCAGAGCGAGAGACUCCAGAGACUCAGAGCCGUCCUCCCCAGAAGGCCUGCCUCCCACCCCGCCGUGUGGCCCGCGCCUCGUCGCGUGGGGCAAGUCCUAGCCUUAGUCGUCUUCCAGACGCACCGGAGGGCCCCAUAAGGCUCCCGAAAAGCGAAAGCAGGACAGAAGGCUCUGGAGGCUAUGCGCAUGGGAAUGUGCUUCCCAAGCCUCCGAAGUGCCGGGUCCGCGGCCCAAGCCCAAGCCCGAUCGCGCAGCCCAAAGACGAAAUGAGCCGCAAGACUUCCUCCCCACGGCGCCCGCAGCCUCCUCGCUGGGUUGAGUCGAGGCACUGCAAGCCGAGCGAAGCAAUUCAGGGCGGCGUCCCGGCUGAGGACCAGGAUCUUUGUCUUUCCCUGCUUGGCACCUCCCGCUUCAUUGCCGAAGACGAAUGUGAGGCUGCGGGUGUGCUGGAGGCCAGCUUCGAGGCGUCCUCGAAGCUUGUCUGCUUGGACUCCAGUGCCACCUGGGAAGAUCCCUGA